GUCCGUGGCUACAGAGCAGGGCACGGCAUAGGUCAGAAGAAACUGGGCCACAUCUCUUGUCCUUCGUAACCCAGUGAUGCUCGGGAAAACCUGAUGCUGUCAGCAGAACAAAUGAUGGCAGCAAGUGCAGUUUCUUCACUUCUGCCUGAAAUGGCCAAGGAAAAUUCCCCAUCACUAGCUGAAGUUGUAAAAAGAGUAGCAGAGCAGCAGCAGGCACAGGCCUCAGACAUAGAAAAGAGCAAAGCAGUUCUUUUCCAGUUGCAGGCAAAGUGCCAGGAGCUAGAAAAAGAAAUGAAUUCUGUUCAGUUAGAAACAAAGACAACAGAAAGGGAAAUACAUCUGCAAGAUGAUGCCAUAGAAGUGACAAAAUAUCACUGUGAAAAUCUGGAGGCCCAAGUCAGAGCCCUGUAUUCUGAAAAUUUUAAAUUGAGGUGUGAUGCAGAAACAAUACAAGAGGAGUUUGAGAUGAUACUUGCAAGAAAUAAUGAAUAUCGGGAAAAAAUAAAGGAUCAUAAACAUCUCUUUUGGGAGAUGGAAAGUAAAUUGCCAAUUAUGAUUGAACUUGCUGAAAAGAAAGUGGUUGUGGAAGAACUAAAGGCAAAGAAAGAGGAGCUAAUAUGUGAUCUGCAGAAUCCAGAAGGAUCUGUUAUAAAACAAUUGCAGGAAGAAAUCACACUUUUAAAAAGCGAAGUCACAACAUUGAAAGAUUUAAUCAAUAAAAGAAGAGAUCUGCUGGAAGAAGAGAAAAAAAAGCAUGCUAAGCUUAGAAAGGAAAUUGAGGUACAGAAUAAGAGAUAUGAUGCUAUAUUAAAACGUUUGCAUUGCCAACUGAACAAAGUCCAUUCAAAUAAAAGACAAUGGCACUGGAACAUUCAGCAGUUGGAAAAGAAGGCCGCAGAGCUAAGAAAGUGUCUUGAAGUAGCAGAGUUACAAAACAUCAUGUAACAAACUUUACAAAGAAUAGAAUGUGCGUAAUCUUUUCCAGGCAGGGCUUUUUUUUUUUCUGGAAAUGCUAGGAAUUUUAAAUAGCCUGAUAACUGGGCUAGGCCUCAGUGAUUUCUUUCUUUUUAAAGUUUUUCUCUCUUUCAUUUUGUGGCCUAAACUAAUAGCCACAAUAAUGAGUUAGCUGUUCAGGAAUAACUUACCUGUUCAGGAAGAAAGUUACUGUCACUUCCAGGUGUUUUCAAAAUAUGUGUCAAUUUUAUCUAAAAAGUUAUUUAAAAGUCAACCAAACAAGAUUUGAGAAGUUCCUUUAUAUUUCAUUUGGUCUCCAAAGGUUGGGAUAUGCACUGCUUUUCCUACAGAGAAAUUAAUAUUGGUAUAUAUUUGUACUCCUGAAACACCAAAGAUUUUUUACCUUUUAUCUAUAUCCCUUCUUAUUGCAACUUGCCAGGGAACUCUGAAAGCUUUGAUGGCCCGUAUUUUGCUCUGUGGGAAACUCAUACAGAAGAUGCUGCAGUCUGCCAGGAUGUUUUGGCAUGCUGGCCAAAGGCUGUCCAGUUGUAAAAGGCUUUGGAACAAGUACACUCUGAACUGGACUUCAAUUAAUCUGACUUCAACUGGUCUAAUAGAUGUUAGCAAAGAGGAGUGAGCAGGUACCACGUCUGGACAGCUUGUAAAAUGGAACAACUCAUCCUCAAGAAACAGGAAUGCAUUAUAGAUUGAUGAUAGAGGAAUUUUUUGACUAGAGGAUUUUAACUAAUAUCAGCCAUCUAAGUGCUUAAUGAUCUAAGAUGACUCAACAUAAAUGACAAUGUAUUAAAAAUUCUUGUUAAAACAGUA